AAAAAUGUAAGGAGAAAAUUUAGACGAAUUAAACCUAUCUAAUGAGAAAAAUAUAGUAAAACAACUAGACUAAGGAGAAAAAGUUCUAAUGAGUUGUUCUAUAUUCAAAUUUAAUGAUUACAAAAAAAGAUAAGAAAGAAACUUUUUGGUAUCGACACAUGCAAUAUAUAAUCUUGAUGGUUUAUCUAUUAAAAGAAAAAUUGACAUGAAUAAAAUUUAAGCACUUACUAUAAGUACUUUAGGAACUGAGUUCGUAGUACAUGUACCUGAAGAGUAUGAUUAUCGAUAUGCUUCUAAUGAUAAAACUUCUACUCUUUGGUCAAGAGAAAAAGGAAGAUAAGUCAAUUUAGAUGAUUUCAAUACUUUAAAAGUCCUAGGAGCAGGUGCUUUUGGAACUGUGCUUUUAGUCGAAGAAAAGAAAACAGGUGAAUGGAUGGCUAUGAAAGUAAUAAAAAAGGACGUAAUUUUAGAUAAAGGAUAAUUCGAACAUACAAAAACAGAAAAAAUGGUAUUAGAGCAUGUUAAUCAUCCAUAUUUGGUAAAUUUAGUAUAUGCGUUUCAAGAUCCUUCUCGUUUGUUUUUCGUUAUGCAAUUUAUGAAGGGUGGAGAACUUUUCUAACAUUUAAGAAUAUCUAGAAGAUUUGAAGAAAAAAGAGCUAAAUUUUAUGCUGCAUAACUUUCUUUAGGUAUUGGACAUUUACACUCAAAAAAUAUUAUCUAUAGAGAUUUGAAACUAGAAAAUGUAUUAAUGGACGAUUUUGGUAAUGUCUAUGUCUCUGAUUUUGGUAUGGCUAAAAUGGUCAAACAAAAUGAAUUAGCUAUGACUUUUUGUGGAACUCCUGAAUAUUUAUCGCCUGAAGUUAUCUUGGGACACGGUUGUGAUCAUACUACUGAUUGGUGGUCUUUAGGAAUUUUAACAUAUGAAAUGAUGUUUGGUUUACCACCUUUCUAUAAUAAAUAAUAAUCUACUAUGUUUAAAUUAAUUAAAGAAGGUGAAUUGAGAUUCCCUGAAAAACCUGGUUCUACAAAUGAAGCUAAAGAUUUCAUUAUUAGAUGCUUAAAUAGAGACAGAAAAUAAAGAAUUGGCGCAAAAAAUGAUUUAGCUGAAAUCUAAGCACAUCCCUGGUUUAAAGAUAUUGAUUGGAAUCUUUUAUUAUAAAAGAAAUUAUAGCCACCAUUUAUCCCUAAUGUUACUGACGAAGGAUGGUUAAAUAACUUUGAUAAAGACUUUACAUAAAUGAAUCCUGUCCUUGAAAACGAUGGAAGAUAAGUAGGAAAACAUGGAAACGAUCCUUUUGAUAACUUCUGA